ACUAAGGGGUGACCUCAUCAGUGUUUAUAAGUAUGUAAAAAAGGAUGGAGCCAGGGUCUUCAGUAAUAUCCAGUGACAGGACAAGGGGCAAUGGGUGGAAGCUGAGCCUUAAGAAGUUCCACUGACACAUAAGGAGAAAUCUUUUCACUGUGAAGAUGACAGAAUACUGGAACAUGCUGCUCAGGGGUGUUGUGGAGAGGAAGCUCUGGAGAUAUUCAAGACCUCCCCAGAUGUGCUCUUGUGUGAUCUGGUAUAGGUGAUGCUGCUCUGGCAGGGGGGUGGGCUAGAUGGUCUUUUGAGGUCCCUUCCAACCCUUAUCAUUCUGUGAUCAUGCUAAGCAGACCCAGCUCUUUAUUAAGGAGAAGCUGGCAUAGCUCUGCUUGUAAGUGACCUGCUUGGGCUGGGGCAAGAAUCCAUGCUGAAGACACUCAUCUUCUCUCUUGGCAACCAGGGAGGCUGAUAAAGCUUGGGAGACAUGUCCUCAUGAUGUAGCACAUCAGCUGGUGUUUCCCAUUGCCUCCACAUUUGGAACUCCCUUUGCCAGCUGUGGUGAUUUGACCCUGGCUGGGGGCUAAAUGCCCAACAAAUCUGCUCUAUCACUCCCCUUAGAUGGAAGGGCAAAGGGAAAAUCAUAACAAAAGUCCGAUGAUAAGGUAGAAGCAAUUUAAUAACGCUAAGUGCAGGCAAAGAGCAAAGGCCGUGUAGAAGCAAAAAGAUAUGUUGUUCUCUACUUCCCAUCAGCAGGUGAUCUGCAGCCCCAGGAAGCAGGGCUCUCUGAGAAGUAACUCCAACUCUACCAAACCCAGUACACCAGAACAGAGAGAGGUUCUCAUUCUAGUAAAUGUCUUGGAGUGUGCUCCACAUUAAGGCUGAGUUUGAUGCCCUGGGGACAUACAUUUAGAGAACACACAUCCUCUGAUGACAAGCAGCCUUUAUCUAUAAGUGGAUAUCCAGCAACCAUUGUCCUGUAGCAGGGUGAGGCUUCUUUCUCUUUGCUCCUUGCCUCCUACACCCAGAAGAGAGAUGAUAUUUGCCGGCUGCAAAUGUGGUUUCAUUGCCAGGUUUGACCUUCAGAACAAGUUUGGUGCCUUUGGCUGGAAACCUGGUAAGAGAGGAACUGGUCAAUGCUUUGAGAUACCUCUUUCUCUGUGCACCCUCUUUUCCUGUCUGUACAGGGAUUGGCAGCCCUGUCUUGUACAGUAUGAAUAUACCAAGGAGGCCAACAGCAUCAGGAAUAGUGUGGCUGGCAGGACUUGAGAAGUGAUCAUCCCCUGUACUGGUCACUAGUGAGGUGACACCAUGGAUACUGGGUUCAGCUUUGGGGCCCUCCCAAGAAGGACACUGAGGUGCUGGAGUGUGCCCAAAAAAAAAGGUCAGUGAUGCUGGUGAAAAGUCUAGAGAUCAAGUCUUGUGAGAAGGAGCUGAGGAUACUGGGGUUGUUUAGCCUGGAGAAAAGGAGUCUGAGAGAACUUGCUCUCUGAAAGGACAUCGGAGCCAAGUUGGGGGGCAGUCUCUUCUCCCAUGGAACAUGUGAUAGAACAGGAUUGAAUGGCCUCAAGUUGUACCAGAGGGACCUAAGGUUGGACAUUAGGAACAAUCUCUUCCCUGAAGUGGUUGUCAAGCUCUGAAAUAGGCUGCCCAGGGCUGUGGUGGAUUUCCCAUCCCUGGAGGGACUUAAAAGCCAUGUAGAUGAGCCACUGAGUGACAUGGUUUGGUGGUGCCCCUGGCAGUGCUGGGUUAAUGGUUGGACUUGGGGUGGCAAUUCACUUCCAACCAAAACCAUUCUGUCGUUCCUUAUAAAUGCAGCCAGGAUUUCUGGAGCACGUUGGGAAGCAAGACUGUUUGCUCAGCCAGUGGGGACGUUUGCUCGGAGAUUGUGCUGGAGCAUCUGCCUUUUGAGAAGCGGCAUUACAUCAGCUGUGAGAAAGGGGGCAGCCUCUGGCUUCCUAGUGGAGGGUGGAGGAGGUACCAGACCUACAUCCGGAGGGGGCCAAGCACAGUAAGAUCAUAUGUUGCUGCCCAUACCAUUUGACGACAUCACACCAGUCUGUGGCAGAAGCAGAUAGUGUGAGGAACAUGGUCUGAAGAGUUUUUAAGAAGGCAUCUAUAACUUCACAUGCUAUCAAUACUCUGCUUUCUCUGAAGACUGUGAAAGUCAAGGAACAUAGGAUGUGGCCUUAAGUACCAGGACUGUGCCUUUCCAGAGGUAAUGGAGCAAGGCUGAAGUGAGAUCAUCUAUUUAUGAUCUGUAGUUGAUAGAACCACAAUACUCAUGUGCCUGGAUCCUGCUUCAAGUCAACCAAGUCCACUUAAGAGAAUCACACAGAAUCCCAUCAUGGUGAGGGUUGAAAAGUGACCCUUGGAGAUGACCUAGUCCAAUACCCCUGCUAAAGCAGGGUCACCCAGAGCAGGUUGCCCAGGAUCACGAUGCCCAGGUGGUUUGGAACCUCUGCAGAGGAGAAUCUACAACCUCUCUGGGCAGCCCGGUUCGCUGCUGCCACCCUCACGGGAAAGAAGCUUCUCCUCAUGUCCAGAUGUAAGCUCCCGAGGCGCGGUUUGUGCCCCUUGCCCCUCGUGAUGUCACAGCGCACCACUGGAAAGUGGCUGGCACCAUCCUCCUGCACCUCACCCCGUAGCUAUUGAUGAGCAUUGAGAUCCCCUUUCAGUCUGCUCUUCUCCGGGCUAAACAGCCCCAGGUCUCUGAGAUUUCCGUGUCAGAGAGAUGCUCCAGUUCCCUCACCGUCUUCACAGCUUCUGCUGGACACUUUCCAGUAGCUCCUUUCCUCUUUUGGGCUGGGGAGCCCAGACCUGGACACAGAACUCCAGAAGUGAUCAGAUGAGCUUUUUUACUGGGAUUCAAACUCCAGUGGCAGCCUCUGAGGGCAGUUCACGCACCACGAAAGAUACAAACACUGGUCUGAGGCUGAAAGAUGCCCUUACAGUCCACGCAGCAGGGAAGGUACAAACACCUCCGCCGCCGGGAGGCUGGGCCGAGCACGGCCGGGAGGAGCGGGGAGGGGGCCGUGGCUACAGGGAAUCGUGAGGCGGCUACCGAGGAGGCGCGGAGGACGCGGGCGAGGUGGCGGCGGCGGCUCCUCCACGCCCAGGGCCGCCGCUUAAAACCGGUGCCGAAAGGUGUGGCUUUACUUUUCCUCUGCCGGAGGGGAGGAGAACGGACGGGACCUCCGCUCUUGCUGCCGCCUCGUCCUCCUCCUCCAGCAGCAGCCGCCGCCGCCCUCCCUCCACCGCGCCGCGGUUCGCCCCUGCCCACUCCUCCACCUGCAGGCCGCGCAGAUCCCCGGCGCGUAGCCCUUCUCCGGUUCUCCGUGGGCUGCGAGGGAGAGGCAGUUCCGCGGCAGGCUCUCCCGGGGGUGAAUGCCUUUUCCCUCGCCGACUCUGCCUCAGUUUCCUCCCCGUCGGUUUCCACCGCGUUCCCUCUGCCUGCGCAUUCCCCCGCCGCCAUGAGCAUCAACGGCGGCUCGCACCCGCGGAUCAACACCUUGGGCCGGAUGGCGCGGGCAGACUCGGGCACCGACCUGCGCUACGAGAUGAGCUCCCAUGUGGUGGGGGGCGGCGGCGGCGGCGGCACCCAUACCCACAAGACUUACUACUACCAGAAGACCUACGGCGGGGACUAUGCUUCCGACGGAUACGGCCAGAAUGGGACCUGCACAGUGUCCAGACGCCAGAACACCAUCCAGGAGCUUUUGCAAAACUGUUCAGAUUGCCUGAUGCGAGCGGAGCUCAUCGUGCAACCUGAAUUGAAAUAUGGGGACGGUGUCCAAAUUAGGGGGAACAGAGAUCUGGAAGAGUGUUUUGCCCAGGCAAAUGACCAAAUGGAUAUCCUGGAUGGGCUGAUCAGAGAGAUGAGGCAGAUGGGCCAGCCCUGUGACAUGUAUCAGAAAAGGCUGCUUCAGCUUCAAGAGCAAAUGCGUGCCCUGUACAAAGCCAUCAGUGUUCCCCGUGCUAGGAGGGCCAGCUCCAAAGGCGGUGGUUGCUACUCCUCUCAGAGUGGCUCAGGCUGGGACGAGUACACAAAACGUGUCACAAGUGAAUGUCUGAACUGGAUGAGGCAGCAGAAGACUGAAAUGGAGCUGGUGAAAUGGGGCUUUGAUGCCGCAUCCAUUGAGCAGCAGAUUGGUGACCACAGAAGAACUCACAAUGCCAUCGGGGACUAUCGCUGGCACCUGGACAAAGUCAAAACAGACCUGCGGGAAAAGGCUGCAGUUCACCAGCUGGAGGAAGAAUAUGAAGGACUACUGAAAUACUCCUUUGAGAGAAUGGAUCAGCUCCGGCAAUUCCAGAACCUCAUCCAGGCCACCAGCAGAGAGAUCAUGUGGAUCAAUGACUGUGAAGAAGAGGAGCUUCUCUAUGACUGGAGUGACAGGAACACUGACAUUGCCAGGAAGCAGGAGGCCUUCUCUAAACGGAUGAGUGAACUGGAAGUUAAAGAAAAAGAACUCAACAAGCUAAAGCAAGAAAGUGACCAGCUAGUGCUCAACCAGCACCCUGCUUCAGACAAAAUUGAGGCCUACAUGGAUACACUACAAACACAGUGGAGCUGGAUUCUUCAGAUCACCAAAUGCAUUGAUGUUCAUCUGAAAGAGAAUGCAGCUUACUUUCAGUUCUUUGAAGAGGCCCAAGCCACAGAGAGCUACCUGAAGAACUUACAAGACUCCAUCAGAAAGAAGUUCAUCUGCGACAAGAGCAUGUCACUGCAGUCUUUGCUGGAGCAGAUCAAAGAGCUGGAGAACGAGCGGGAGAGAAUUCUGGAAUACAAGAGGCAAGUGCAGAGUUUGGUGAAUAAAUCCAAGAAGAUUGUGCAGCUGAAGCCACGCAACCCAGACUACCGGAGUAACAAGCCCAUCAUCCUCAAGGCUCUCUGUGAUUACAAACAGGAUCUGAAAACAGUGCGCAAAGGAGACGAGUGUAUCCUGAAGGACAACAACGAGCGCAGCAAGUGGCUGGUGACUGGCCCUGGAGGAGUCGACAUGCUGGUGCCGUCUGUUAGUCUUAUCAUCCCUCCCCCCAAUCCGUUAGCAGUGGAUCUGGCAAGCAAAAUUGAGCAGUACUAUGAAGCUAUUUUAGCUUUGUGGAACCAGCUGUAUAUCAACAUGAAGAGCCUGGUAUCUUGGCAUUACUGCAUGAUUGACAUUGAGAAAAUCAAAGCGAUGACUAUUGCCAAGCUGAAAACAAUGCGAAGGGAAGAUUACCAAAAAAUAAUAACUGACCUGGAGAUCCAUUACCAAGAAUUCCUUAGGAACAGCCAAGGCUCAGAGAUGUUUGGUGAUGAAGACAAACGGAACAUCCAGUCUCAGUUCACUGAUGCUCAGAAGCACUACCAAACCUUGAUUAUACAACUGCCCAACCAACCACGUCAGCCACAGACAGUGGUUCCAACUGAGACCUGCCCUUUGGGCUCCUCAAACACCAUUAUUGUUAAUGAGAGAAACCGAGAACAUGAGAAGCAGGAGGCCUGGCUGCUGAUGGAGCUUCAGAAACUUCGGCGCCAGAUUGAAGCUUCUGAGAUCCGAAUGGUUCAGAGGGCUCCUCUUGGAGUGGAUCAAGGGGCUGUACAUGACUUUUCAGUCAGGAUAAAGGAUUUAGAGGGUGUGCAGAAUGACUCUCAGAUAAUGGCUGAAACCCUCAAUAAGCAUAAGGACUUGCUGCCUAACUUCAGAGGCUGUGAGAAGUACGUCUACUUGCAGUCAGAGAUUAAUGCCCUGUUUCAAAAGCUGGAAAACAUUAAUGGUGUUUCUGCUGGCUACUUAGACAGCUUGAACGCUCUGAGAUGUCUGCUCCAGAUGAUUCUACAAACAGAAGAUGUGAUCAGAGUUUUUGAAGUCAGACUGUCUGAGGAGGAGACUGUUCCUUUGGAUCUUGAUAAAGUGGAGGCUUAUCGGGCUUGUCUGAAGAAAAUGAAAGCAGACCUAAACAUGAAGAAGUCACUUCUGAAUACCCUGGAAAACGAGCUGCAGAAAACACUUCAGAUUCACUCACAGUCUUGCCAGUCCUAUACCCUCUAUGACAUGGACAUUGGGAAGUUUUGUGACAAAGUUACCCAGCUGAUAGACCGCUGGCAGAGAGCUGAUAAGCAAAUAGAUAACAGAUCGUGGGACUUAGAAAGGCAAAUCAAACAGCUGAAAACUUACCGAGAUCUCUACCAGGCUCUGUGCAAAUGGAUGAAUGAUGCAAAGCGCAGGCAGGAUGCUAUUGAGUCCAUGAAGCUGUGUGAUUGCAACGCCAUCAUGAGAUACCUCCAUGAUCAGAAGAACUUACACAGUGAAAUCUGUGGGAAGCGAGACAAAGUGGAGGAGCUUCUAAAGCAUGCAGAUCAGUGCUCGGCUGCAAUUAAGGAUUAUGAACUACAAGUUGCUUCCUACAGUUCUGGAUUAGAAACCUUGCUCAACAUACCUAUCAAGAAGAGUGUGGUUCAGUCUCCUGCAGUGCUCAUUCUACAAGAGGCUAAUGAGGCUCAGUCUCGCUACAUCGAGCUUCUCACAAGAUCAGGAGAUUAUUACCGAUUCUUAAGUGAAAUGUUAAAGAGCAUGGAGGACUUGAAGAUGAAAAACACCAAAAUUGAACUCUUGGAAGAAGAACUCAGGCUUGCCAGGGAUUCAAAUUCAGAGACGAGCAACAAACAUAAAUUCUUGGAGCAAAAUCUGCAGAAGUACCAGAUGGACAUUUCUCAGCUCAAGGCAAAGCUGAUGAGUUUGGAGGAGAUGAAAAGACAAGCUGAAAUGGAUGGCAGUUCUGCUAAGCAAAACCUGGACAAAUGCUAUGCUCAAAUCAAGGAUCUAAAUGACAGAAUAACCAGGCUGACUUACGAGAUUGAAGAUGAGAAAAGGAAAAGGAAGUUGCUGGAGGACAGAUAUGAGCAACAGAAGAAUGACUAUGACCAGCUGCAGAAAACAAGACAAAAUGAGAAGGACAGCCUUGGCUGGCAAAAGUUAGAGUCUGAGAAGGUCAUCAAGGAGAAGGAGUACGAGAUAGAAAGAUUAAGGGUUCUUCUGCAGGAUGAAGGCACACGGAAGAGGGAGUAUGAAAAUGAGCUGGCUAAGGUAAGGAACCAGUUUAGCGAGGAGAUGAGUAAUUUAAAGAACAAGUAUGAAACAGAAAUAAAUAUUAAGAAGACCACAAUCCAGCAGAUUGCUGCACAGAAAGAUGAUGAUGCGAAAGGCCUCAGGGCCCAGGUUGACAGACUGACAAGAGAAAACAGAGACCUCAAGGAUGAGAUUGUGAGGCUGAAUGAUGCCAUUCUGCAGACCACAGAUCAGCGGAGGAGAGCAGAAGAAGACGCUCUUCAGCAAAAGGCCUGCAGUUCUGAGGUGUCACAGCAAAAGCAUCAGCUGGAGCUGGAGCUGAAACAGAUCAUUCAGCUUCGUGGCGAAGAUAACUCAAGAUACAAGCAGGCCCUUGAGGAGGCUGCCUCCACCAUUCAAGAUAAAACUAAGGAGCUGGAAAGGCUGAAGCUUCAGCUUCAGGAAGAAGCUAAAAGCCGAUGGGAGCUUGAAAAUGAACUGGCUAAGGUAAGGAACAGUUAUGAUGAGGAAAUUAUUAGCUUAAAGAACAAAUAUGAAACUGAGAUUAAUAUCACAAAGACCACAAUUCAUCAGGUCACCAUGCAAAAGGAAGAGGACACAAAUAACUAUAGAACACAGCUUGAUAAUGCCAUGAGAGAAAAUAGAAGUUUGUGUGAAGAAAUUAGGAGGCUGAAGAACACAAUAAGUCAGACAACAGAUAAUCUACGGAAAGUAGAGGAAAAUGCUCAGCAACAGAAGGCAGCUGGCUCAGAGCUUUCUCAGAAGAAACAGCAGCUGGAGAUUGAGCUAAAACAAGUUAUUCAGAGGCACUCUGAUGAAAGCAUGCGGUACAAACAGUCACUUGAUGAUGCUUCAAAGACCAUUAAGGAAAGAAACAAAGAGAUUGAAAGGUUGAGAAAGUUGUUGGAUGUAGAAUCGUGUCAAAGAAAAGAGCUAGAGGAUGAGAACAGUCAGUUAAAGAGAGUCCAGUUUGACCUGCAAAAAGCAAACACGAGUGCAACUGAGACCAUUAACAAGCUGAGGAUCCAGGAGCAGGAACUGACUAGACUGAAAAUUGAUUAUGAAAGAGUCUCACAAGAGAAAAAAGGCAAGGAUCAAGAGAGCGCAAAGUUCCAGAGCACUAUAAAAGACUUGCAGCUCCAGAAGCAUAAGCUGGAGGAGGAUCUUUGCAGGCAGAAUAAAAACGUAAUGGAGGAGGCAUCCAGGAGGAAGAAACUGGAGGAAGAAAUAGAAGGCAUGAGGAGGUCUCUCAGAGAGCAAUCGGUUAAAAUAACUAAUCUCACACAGCAGAUAGAGGAAGUGUCUAUUGUAAAGAAGAGGAAUGAAGAUGAUCUUAGGCACCAAAGAGAAGUGUUAGAUGGUCAUGUGAGAGAGAAGCAGAGGUACAUGGAGGAGAUAAGAAAAUACACCUCUGAUCUUGAGGCUUUGCGCCGACAGUUGGUCCAAGAACAGGAGCAAUUGAAACAGGCUCACCUACGAUGCGAGCACUUGCAGAAAUCUUCUGAGGAAAAGAGCAAAAACCUGAACGAGUGCAAAAUAGAGAUUGAAAGGCUUCAGUCUCUCACUGAGAACCUAACCAAGGAGCACUUGUUACUGGAGGAAGAGCUGCGCAAUGUUAGAUUGGAGUACGAUGACCUCAGGAUGGUCAGAAGUGAAGUUGAUGAGAAAAAUACUGCCAUUGCUGAAUUAAAGAAUCAGCUUCAGAUGAGCAGCAAGCAAACCCUGGAGCUUCAGGGCUUGAUUAAUGAUUUACAGAAAGAAAGGGAAAAAUUGAGACAGGAAAUUGAAAAAUUCCAAAAGCAAGCUCUGGAGGCAUCCAACAGGAUUCAAGAGUCCAAAAAUCAGUAUAGUCACAUUAUGCAAGAAAGAGAAACCUUGCUGAUAAAAAUGAGUGCUCUCGAGCAAGACAAAGCCAGGCUGCAGAGGCUAGAAGAGGAGCUGAACCGUUUGAAAGUCACCCUGGAGUCAGAGUCCCGACUGAAGCAGCGUCUGGAAAGUGAGAAGCAGCAAAUCCUGAAUGACCUCAAUCAGUGGAAGAGCCAGCACUCCCGGACAGAGGAAUCCAUAAGGAAGAUCCAAUGUGAGAGAGAGAAGAGUGAGAGGGAGAAGAGCUCCCUGAGGAGUGAGAUUGAAAGGCUGCAGAUGGAGAUCAAACGUAUCGAGGAGAGAUACCGAUGCAGACUGGAAGAGACUGCUGUCAAAAGUCAGUCAGAGCUGGAGUCUGAGCGUCUGAGGCUGCAGAGAGAGAUUGAGAAGCUCAAGCAACGCCCAUAUGGAUCCCACAGAUCCACGCAGACUGAGGAAGAUUUUUGUAUUGAUGCCUCCAAGUUGCUGUUCAGUGGACUGCGGAAGAAGAUUACAGCAAUGCAGCUGUAUGAGUGUCAGCUGAUAGACAAAGUCACCCUGGACAAACUGUUGAAGGGGCAGAGGUCAGUGGAAGAAGUCGCAGCUGACAUUGAACCCUACCUCAAAGGGGCAGGUGCUAUUGCAGGUGUUUCUCUUUCACCCAGACAGAAGUACUCUUUUGUUGAGGCUAAACGAAAUCAACUGCUUACAGCAGAAAAUGCAGUCCUGCUCUUAGAAGCCCAGGCAGCAACAGGAGGUGUGAUAGACCCACACCGAAACGAGAUGUUAACCGUGGACAGUGCUAUCGCCAGAGAUCUGAUUGACUUUGAUGACAGAGAACAAAUCUACACCGCAGAAAAGGCUAUUACAGGAUUUAAAGAUCCUUUCUCAGGAAAAACUGUGCCAGUGUCUGAAGCCAUCAAGAAGAAUUUGGUUGACAGAGAGACUGGGAUUCGUCUGCUUGAAGCCCAGCUAGCUGUAGGAGGGAUUGUUGAUCCUGUCAACAGUGUUUUCCUGCCUAAAGAUGUAGCUUUAUCUCGUGGCUUGAUUGACAAAGACCUGUACAGGCUUCUAUACAACUGCCAAGGUGCCACAAAGAACUUCAUUGAUCCCACCACCAAAAAGGCAGUCACUUACAUGCAGCUGAAGGAGAAAUGCAGGAUUGAACCACACACUGGUCUGCUUCUCCUCCCAGUGCAGAAAAGAAGCAUGUCAUUCCAAGGGAUCAGGCAGCCCGUCUCAGCAGAUGCACUGCUUGAGGCUGGAAUUAUUAAGGAGUCAACAAGGAAUGAUUUGGAAAGAGGUGCAAUUACAAUAGAAGAAGUGAGUGAGAGAAUUAUUGAUUUCCUUCAGGGCUCUAGCUGUAUUGCAGGCAUCUACAAUGAGGCCACUAAAGAGAAACUUGGCAUUUACCAGGCUAUGAAAAUUGGCCUGGUUAGACCGGGGACAGCCCUUGAGCUCCUAGAAGCCCAGGCAGCCACAGGCUUCAUAGUGGACCCUGUCAGCAAUGUGAGGCUGCCCGUUGAGGAAGCUUACAAAAGAGGCCUUGUUGGAAUUGAAUUUAAAGAGAAGCUUCUUUCUGCUGAAAGAGCUGUCACUGGGUACAAAGACCCAGAAACUGGAAACAUAAUUUCUCUGUUUCAAGCAAUGAACAAAGAGCUCAUAGAGCGAGGCCAUGGCAUUCGCUUGCUAGAAGCUCAGAUUGCUACUGGAGGAAUCAUUGACCCCAAAGAGAGCUACCGAUUACCGGUGGAGACGGCCUACAAGCGCGGCUACUUCAAUGAGGAGCUCAACCAGAUCCUUAGCGAUCCAAGUGAUGACACCAAAGGCUUCUUUGAUCCCAACACAGAGGAGAACUUGACCUACUUGCAACUGAAAGAAAGAUGCAUAAAGGAUGAAGCAACAGGACUCUGCCUUCUACCGCUGAGAGAGAAAAAGAAGGUGGUGCACACCUCGCAGAAGAACACCCUUAGGAAGCGCCGGGUUGUCAUUGUAGAUCCAGAAACAAACAGGGAGAUGUCUGUGCAGGAGGCGUAUAGCAAAGGCCUCAUCGAUUUUGACACCUACACAGAACUAGCUGAGCAGGAGUGUGAGUGGGAAGAGAUAACUAUCACAGGAUCAGACGGCAGCAGCAGAGUAGUCCUUGUGGACAGAAAAACAGGCAGCCAGUAUGACAUCCAGGACGCUAUUGAUAAAGGUCUGGUGGAGAGGAAGUUCUUUGACCAGUACCGCUCCGGCAGUUUAAGCCUGACGCAGUUUGCAGACAUGAUCUCCUGCCGUAACGGCACUGAUGAGGUGUUUCGGCAUGAGUCGGUGACUCGGUCUCCCACGGUGCUGAGCGUCAGGAGUUCUUCUUCACUGAUCAGGAGUGGCUCUUUCUCCGACACCCCAGAAGAGUGCAGUCCUAUUGCAGCCAUAUUUGACACAGAAAACUUGGAGAAGAUCUCAAUUUCAGAAGCUAUACAGCGGGGCAUUGUGGAUAGCAUCACUGGGCAACGCUUGCUUGAAGCCCAAGCCUGCACAGGGGGCAUAAUAUGCCCUACCACAGGCCAGAGGCUUUCCCUUCAGGAAGCCACCAAUCAAGGCAUCAUUGAUCAGGAUAUGGCAACACGUCUCAAACCAGCCCAGAAGGCCUUCAUAGGGUUUGAAGGCAUAAAGGGUGGACGCAAGAGGAUGUCAGCAGCUGAAGCAGUGAAGGAAAAGUGGUUGCCUUAUGAGGCUGGGCAGAGGUUCCUGGAAUUCCAGUACCUCACCGGAGGUCUCGUGGACCCAGAUGUGCGUGGAAGAAUAAGCACUGAAGAAGCCAUUAGGAACGGGUUGAUUGAUGGUCGUGCUGCCCAGAAAUUGCAAGAUACUAACAGCUAUCCCAAAAUUUUAACUUGCCCCAAGACCAAACUGAAAAUAUCCUACAAAGAUGCAAUGAAUCGGUCGAUGGUGGAAGACAUCACUGGGCUGAAGCUGUUGGAAGCAGCCUCUGUGUCAUCUAAAGGCAUAUCCAGUCCCUACAAUGUCUCCUCAGCACCGGGCUCUCGCUCUGGCUCUCGUUCUGGCUCACGUUCAGGCUCACGCAGCGGGUCCAGAAGGGGAAGUUUUGAUGCAUCAGCAAGCUCUUCCUACUCUUACUCAUACUCAACCUUCAGCAGUGGGUCUAUCGGGCGCUAAUAAGUGGGGGAACGUGUCUACAUUUUAAUAUCAUUUAGGUUGUUCUAUUUCCCCUUUCCUAAAACCAUCAACAAAGAAACCCAAACCCUUACUUUUUUUUUCUGAAUGUGUUCAACUUCUGAAAAUGCUGUAAAAUGCUUGAACACAAAUUCAUGGAAUACAGAUCAGGGGACUCACAAAGUCCUACUUGUGAAUUUUGGUUCCUAUUUCCUUAUAGUGUUGGGAUUUUCAUUGGUCCAUCUUUUACCUUCUCCUUUUACCUGUCAACCAGAUAACUGAGGUUUGAGAUCUUGCAGUAAUUGUCUUCCCACCUGUUUUUUCAAUUUGCUAUUAUGAAGAAAAAAUACCAAGUAAAUGGACAGAAAGUGCCUUUAAUAUUGGUUUACAACCUACCCUAUAAUGAUGAAAAGCUCUAUCUUACAGGUGUUCUAUUUUCCUCUUUUGGGCUACUCACUUUAUUAAGUAUAACCUGGUGAAUAUAAAGGGCUAUUACUAAGCUGGGCUUUGUCUUACUAUUCCCCAUAUAUAUUUUCUACUGUUUUGCUUCGUUUUCAUGUAACAACAACAAAAAACUAACAGCACCAUGUGAGCUACCGUGGACAAUAAACUUUUUGAAGUUUUAAACUA